CGGAGUCAGAGACCGGCCCGCCCCGCCGGCGUGUGGCAGAGGAGUGGCGCCGGCCAAUAAGGGCGGGCGGCGUGGCCCGCCUGCUAGCAACCGGGACGCGCCUGCGCAGAGGCGGCGGCCGGCUGGGCUUGACUCCGGGGGCGCGGCGAGGAGAGACAUGAGGCUGAGCUGGAUUCUGACAGUGCUGUCCUGCCUGAGCGCCCUGGCCACGGCUGUGGGGGCCGAGGGCAAGAGGAAACUGCAGAUCGGGGUCAAGAAGCGGGUGGACCACUGUCCCAUCAAGUCGCGCAAGGGGGACGUCCUGCACAUGCACUACACGGGGAAGCUGGAAGAUGGCACGGAAUUUGACAGCAGCCUGCCUCAGAACCAGCCCUUCGUCUUCUCCCUGGGCACGGGCCAGGUCAUCAAGGGCUGGGACCAGGGGCUGCUGGGGAUGUGUGAGGGGGAAAAGCGGAAGCUGGUGAUCCCGUCUGAACUGGGCUACGGAGAGCGGGGAGCCCCCCCCAAGAUCCCAGGUGGUGCGACCUUGGUGUUUGAGGUGGAACUGCUCAAGAUUGAGCGCCGGUCGGAACUGUAGCCCAGCUUUGGGGGGAGGCGGGGGGCGCCAGGGACCAGACUGUUCACAAAAAUACCCUUAAAACCCCAGAA